AUGGCAUCUGACAGUGACGAGCUGACUGCUGAAGAGAUUAUUGUCCCUGAAUCCCUUUUAGUCUCUGCACUAAUAGGUUCAGCUUGGCCACAAGACGUUCGAGUCAGCCCAUCUCCUUACUAUCACGCCAGCAACAAAGCAGGGGAUAUCCAUCCUCAGAAGAAGAGACAGUCCAGAACGAGCUGCCAAAUAAGCCAUUUAUUGGCCUUGGAGGAGGGGAGAGAAACUCCGUUUUCGAUCCAUGCAAACGUCGAACAAGACAUCGCCCCACCCUCUAGCGACGACAGCAACAACACCUCUAUUCGUCUCCACUGGAGAAAGACAAUCCAAUACUCGCAGCUUGGAGAAGUCCACGAUGAUUCAUUGGACAGAGCUACAGGGGAAUUACCUAAGCACAGUAACGUAUUUCACAAGCGAGUGGCGCACACAAGCGAGUGA